AUGCUGGGUCAGGGAAGCAAAUCUACAUUUGUCCGUCGCACUUCAUCAGUCACUGUGAAAGAACACGUCGUACAGGAAAUCAUCAGUUUUAACUGUCGAAAGCUUGUGGCCACCAUGCCAUUGUUUGCCAACGCAGAUCCAAACUUUGUGACCUCCAUGCUAACAAAGCUACGUUUCGAGGUGUUCCAGCCAGGAGAUUACAUUAUUAAAGAGGGUACAGUCGGAAAGAAGAUGUAUUUCAUCCAACAUGGUGUACUAACUGUCCUGACCAAGGGCAGCAAAGAGACAAAGAUCUCGGACGGGUCUUACUUUGGAGAGAUCUGUUUGCUGACUCGAGGCAGAAGAACAGCCAGCGUCAGAGCGGACACAUACUGUCGUCUGUACUCGCUCUCUGUGGACCAUUUCAACGAGGUGUUGGAGGAGUACCCUAUGAUGCGACGCGCCUUUGAGACAGUAGCUCUCGAUCGCCUUGACCGCAUAGGAAAGAAAAACUCUGUCCUUCAGCACAAGGUCCAGCGGGAUCUUAAUUCUGGAGUUCUGAACUACCAAGAAAAUGAGAUCAUCCAGCAGAUUGUGCAGCACGACAGGGAUAUGGCCCAUUGUGCCCACCUCAUGCAGACACCUCCCCCAGCUCCUCACCCAGCACCGACUCCAUCUUCCCACACCCCCGUCAUCUGGGCACCUCUUAUUCAGGCUCCACUACAAGCUGCCGCAGCCACCAGUUCCGUAGCCAUUGCCCUGACUCGCCACCCCCAUUUGCCCCAUUCCCUCUUCCGACCCCCUGUCCCGCUGCUUGGCUCGCUGAAAGACCAGCCAGGAUAUGUAAAGAGGUUCCCAACUGCACUUUCGGGCGCUGCUGCAUUUGGUGGAUCCUCAUCAACCACCCAGUUCAGCUCUUGUAUAGAGACCCCAAUUCUGGACACACUCAGGGCUGAGAGAUCAUCUAGCUCCACACCUCCACCACCGCCAUCCACCAUCACAACAACUGUCACCACCACCACCUCCAGCAUCACAGAGUCUCUCUUCUACCCUCAUAGACCCCUUGUCUCCCACAGGUCCAAAGACUUCAGUGUUGCCCAGCUUCAUUCUCAACCACAACUUCCUCAGGCCUCUUUCCCCAGCAUUGCUGCAUCACUUCGUGGUAUCUUCCAACAAGGAGCAGUUGGAGGAGAGGCUGUCCAGCUUUCAGUUCCCCCUACAUCCACCCUUACUCCUUUGAUAGCGCACUCUGUAAGUCCCAUCCUGACCCAACUUCAUUCAGCUCAGCCAAAUCCUCAACCAACAAAACCAAGUCAAGACUUGAAUAAAGUUAAAAGGACAGCCUCCCAGUCUCCUGUAACAGAAUCCCCUAUCGACUCCAGGAGCAUUCUUGAACAAGUCUCGGGUCCUACAAGUCCCAUCCCAUCCCAACAAGUCCCAUCCCAGCACACUCAGAUUAGUCUACAGCCAGAUGCUCUUUCCCAGCUUUCCCAAGAACCCUCUGCUCUUGCUUCCCUUGCACAAUAUGGGUCUGGAAAUGUGUCCCCAUGUAGCACACCUUCAGCUUGGAGUCCCACGUGCCAGAGUCCUACAGUGGAGAAGAUGAGGAUGUCCAUGCACAGCAACCCUGCUAGCAUCUCUGGAUCCCAAAGCUCACUCCUAAGCCCUCAGACACUCUUUCCACCACCACCUCAAACAAGACAAAGGGGUGGAUCUCUAGUUGACCUACCCUCACAAGACUUAACCACCAUUUCCAAGUCCCUCCCCAUCCCAGGACUACCUGAAAAGUCCAAGUUAGUUGGAAGAGGACCAGAACCGCCAGACUUAUCCCAUCACAGAGGAUCGGCUUCAGGUUACUCACCUCUCCCAUCGCCCCCUCCGAUUAUGAAACCAUUUAGCUCAAUACCUGGUCAUGUUGUCCUAUCGAGACAAACUUCCAAGUUGUCCAUAACUCAGACUGGGUCCUCAGGUGGGUCACCAGCCCAUGGGUCUAGUGAUAGGUCCACCCCUGGGACACCAAGCUUGCACCCAAAACUACCAUCGAACUUGUGAGAAUGGUCUGCACCCUCCUGCAAUGAUUGAGCAACUUUUUUUGACAUUUCUCACCAGAGAAGGAGGGUGUAUGUUCAUCUAUUUGGAUUUUUUAUUGGUCCAAUGACUUCCCUAUUUGUUAUGCCAAACGAAGAAAUGGAUUAAAAACUGAUAGAAAAAUUAAGGU